CUGGAAUUCGCGGGCUCGAAAAUAGAUUCGCGAGCAAGUCCAUUUUUGCUACAAGUCUUGGGCUGAAGCUAAAAUUCGCGGGCUCGAACUUAUUUUCGCGAAUCACGCACAAACGCACUCAUUUCUCUUAUCCCUCACCCCCACCGCUACCUCCAUCCACCGUCGACGGGCGACUGUUCUCCGACCAGCUCCACAACCGGAGACGCGAGCUUCUUCUCCCUCUGACGACGCGCCGUUCGAGCGUCUUCACGGCGAUUCGAGCUCUGCUCCACUCCACCUCCGCCGGCGAUUCGAGCUUUUCACCCGCAACCGACCUUCGACCACAGAAAUUGAGCCCCGGCAAGUUUCCCUCGCGCACCCCCGUUUCGACCGCUGAUUCACAACCUGUUCCGCGAGCUUGACCGCCCUCAAACCGCGACCGGCGACGAAUUGCCACCUCCGGCGACCGUCGUUUGACCACGACGACUAAGAGCUCCGACCAACAUCCGGCGACCACGAGUUUCGACCUCCGAGCUCCCAACUUCAAAUCCCGUCCCCGCGAACAGAGGUUGCUCAUCUCCGGCGAGCUCGCGACCGACCUCCGUCCACCUCCCAUUUCCGGUGACCUCAGCCGAUUUCAGCAACAGUAAACUUCCGGCGGCUUUGGUGCUCCAAUUCUCCGAAAAGAGACAGCUCCACUACUAUUCCGGCCAUCAGGCCACCGUCUAACUCCGAUAAGCAGCCGCAAACCCUCGGCCGGACACGGCGAAAUUGGUGUCGCGAAAAAAUCUCCAAAGAAAAAAUUCGAGAAGUGAACUGUGUCGUUUUUUUGCCAUGGAGAACAAGAGAGCUACCAAGUCACAGGAAGAGCAGUGGAUGGUUCAAAAUCAAGUCUUUCGGAUUUAUGAUAUUGUCUACCAGCUUCCUCCUCAUGCUCAAGCCGUUAACUUUGAGCUUCGACGAGACAACCACAUUGAAUACCUCACCAAAAGUCUCAAACAACUUGGCCCAAAUUUUGCUGUUCUGGAUGCUAAUCGACCUUGGCUCUGCUAUUGGAUCAUGCACUCUAUUGCUUUAUUGGGGGACUGUGUUGAUGACAAACUAGAAAAUGACAUAAUUGAGUUUCUUCAACGGUGCCAGGAUCAAAAUGGUGGUUAUGGCGGAGGACCAGGCCAGAUGCCUCAUUUGGCAACAACUUAUGCUGCGAUCAAUACACUGCUAACUGUAGGUGGUCAUAAAUCACUGUCAUCGAUAAAUAGAGGGAAGCUUUAUGAAUUUUUGUUCCGAAUGAAGGACUCCAGCGGUGGCUUCAGGAUGCAUGAUGGUGGAGAAAUAGAUGUCCGUGCUUGCUACACUGCUAUAUCUGUGGCUAGUGUUCUUAGCAUUUUGGAUGAUAAGCUGAUUCAGGGUGUUGGGGAUUACAUCGUAAGUUGCCAGACUUAUGAAGGUGGAAUUUCUGGUGAGCCGGGUUCAGAAGCUCAUGGUGGGUAUACAUUUUGUGGUUUGGCUGCUAUGAAUUGGGUGGUAUUCAAACAAGGCAUUGAGUGUGGAUUCCAAGGAAGAUCAAAUAAGUUGGUUGAUGGCUGCUACUCCUUUUGGCAGGGAGGGGUGGCUGCAAUAAUCCAGCGACUUCAUUUGAUUGUCAGUCAACAACUCGGUCUACCGAAUACCUUUAAAUUUGACCACACAACAGAAAGUGAUGACGAUUCUUCAAAUUCUGAUGGAGAACAAACUUUUGAGGGCACCUCUUCUCCAUUAGAAGAGGUCUCUCAACCCACACCAGAAGGGAAACCUAGUUCUUCAUGCUCAAGGAUGAAAAGUACCGGCUACAAAUUUAUCAAAGGACCAACAGGAAUGAAACCUGUUUUCAACAGCAUGGCCUUGCAACAAUACAUCCUUCUUUGCACACAGGUAUAUGAGACUCACUUCAUUCUGUAUCUUCCUUCGCAUGUGCCUGCCUGAAUGUUGUGUGAAAUGGUUAGAGUGUUACAAAAAUAAAAGACUAAUUAGAAGUAAUUUGUUAACUUAAUAAAAUAGAACAAAAUUAGAAG